AUGGCUGUUAGAUGUGAUUAUGAAGGAUGUAAUGAUAUUGGAAUAGGUAAUUCACAAAAUUUCUUCAGUAUUUUUGAGGAUGAACUUGGUGAUUCUAUUCCCGUUAUACAUGCUUCAAUAGCAGGUACAAGAAUUGUUGGAAGAAUGGCAGUUGGUAAUAGACAUGGUCUUUUAGUACCAAAUGCCACAACAGAUCAAGAAUUACAACACAUUAGAAAUUCUUUACCCGACUCUGUUGAGAUAAGAAGAAUUGAUGAAAGAUUGUCUGCUUUAGGUAAUGUUAUUGCUGCAAAUGACUAUGUUGCACUUGUUCAUGGAGAUAUUUCUCAAGAGACAGAAAAGGCACUUGUUGAUGUAUUAAAAGUUGAAGUAUUCCGAACCAAUUUAGGAGAACAUUCUCUUGUUGGUACAUAUUGUACAUUUACAUCACAAGGAGCACUUGUUGCUGCUAAAACAUCACCAGAAACUCAAAAAGAAAUCUCUUCACUUCUCCAGGUACCAGUUGUUGCUGGUACAGUCAAUCGAGGUUCAGAAUUAAUUGGAGCUGGUAUGGUUGUUAAUGAUUGGAUUGCAUUUUGUGGUUCAGAGACAACAUCUACAGAAUUAUCAGUUGUUGAAAGUAUAUUUAAAAUUGGAGAUAAUAAUCCUACACAAAUUUCUACUAACUUACGUGAUACUCUCAUUGAAUCAAUGCUCUAA